AUGCAUACUCGCGGAACCAGAAGCAACAAGGACAUCCUGCUAGUGAAUUUGAACAACAAGGAGCUAGCAGAGUUAAAGCGAACGAACAGAAAAGCAAAGAAACCGGCAGAGAUGGAAAACGCAAACGAGCUUAUUCGAUAUGAUGCUGGAAUCUGGAGAGACCAAGAGGGUCAUAGGAACGUUCUAGAAGAUCAGAAUGUGAGGGAACCUGCACUUGUAGCUGCUCGAGAAAGAACACUUGGAGAUUACAACAGGCCUGAGCAGUUCUAUGCAAAUCGGUCUGCGAUUCGAGCCCCUGCGUUUCAAAGGAACGAUUUCGAGCUGAAACCUGUGUACUACACUCUUGUGGGUCAGCAUCCUUUUCAUGCAGCUAAUUGGCUGAAGCAGUUGGAACCAGGAUCACUUACUACCUGGGAGGAGACCAGGAACGCCUUCCUGCACAACUUCUAUGAUGAUGCCAGAGGUGUUGAUUGGAGGUAUCGGAUGGCUCUGGAUGCAGCAAGCAAUGGGAAUUUCAACACUAGAUACCCUGACAAAGCUGUUGUGCUCAUCGAAAACUUGGCAUCUAGCAAUAGUACCAAAAAUGCUGAUUAUGAGCGAAAGAAGCGGGCUGAGAACAUGGAUGGAUCGCAGAUUGCUGAAGUUAAGGCUAAGCUUGACUCUGUGCAUAUCCUUCUAGUGGAGGAUGAAGUUGAGGAGGAAGAUGUCAACUUUGUCCAUGGAUCAGGGUUUCAAGGUCAGAGGUUUGGUAAUCAGCAAAGUUUUCUUCCUGGAAAGACUGGCACCAAUCCAAGGCAUCACUGCAGUGCUAUCACGUUGAGAAGUGGUGAACAUUUGACCCCUGAGCCCAAAAAGACGUCUCCUGCUGCUGAAGUCGUUUAUUUGGAAGAUCUUGAAGUUGCAGAGCCGGUGUCGAGCGACACCGCAACUAGUAUCGCGCGUCACCAAUUGCAGAGCGAAGCUGAUAUUGAUCCAAGUCUGAAAUCUGCAGAGGAAAAGGUUUACAAACCUAAGAUUCCUUACCCAAGGAGCCCUAGGAAAUCCAAGCAGGAGCUAGAUGAUGCAAGGUGCAAGGUUUUGAUAGAAAAGCUUGUGAUUGAGAUACCUUUGGUUGAUGCUGUGAAGAUCACUCCUGUCAUCAGACACUAUGUGAAGAGGAUGGUGACCAAAAAUCUCAGCAAUGAACAGGGAGUGAUGAUGAUUUCUGAGCAAGUCAGUGCUUUGAUUCAGAAUAGGAUUCCAGGGAAGUUGUCUGAUCUAGGGAGCUUUGUCUUGAUUCCUCCAUCUUCACGGAGAGAUUCAAGAGACCGCUUAGCUGUCAACCUUGGCAUGACUGAUUUCAAGCCAACUAGGAUUUCUCUUAUCCUAGCUGAUGGAUCGACGAGGAUACCUGAAGGAGUGCUGGAAGAUGUUUUGAUCAAGGUUGGAGAUUGCAUGAUACCAACCGAUUUCAUCGUCUUGGAAUAUGGAGAGGAAACCAAGGACCCUUUUAUCAUUGGGAGACCUUUUCUAGCGACUGAAGGUGCUAUCAUCGAUGUGAGGAAGGGAAGAAUUGCUUUGAAUGUUGGAGAUUUGGUCAUGAACUUUGACAUGAACAAGCUGAUGAAGAAGCCUAACAUCAAUGAUUAA